AUGAGCUCGAAGACAAUGGUCCCUACAGAGACGACUUCGAAAAUGAGUGGUGCAUUCAUUUUCAUUUUCGCGGACAAAGGGUACCAAGGAUUGCUGGAGCAUGUGCGAGCGGUGAUCCCCACGAAAGCAAAGCCUCGGCAGCACCUUUCCCUGGACGAUGAGCGACGAAACAAGCGCAUUGCGAGCGACCGCAUCAUGGUGGAGAUCUAG